GCAAUUUCAGAUAUAACACGAAUUACGAAUGAGGUUCACUGUUAGUGUUUUCAAACAAAUUUGACUCUGUGAUGACUAACAUGUAUGCGAUUUCGUAAUGUGAUGUGAUUAUUUGGACGAUUAGUAUUUCGAAAGCACCUCUAUAUAAAGUAAAGAUACAAACACUGGAUUCAUUCAGAAAUACGAAUCACUGGGUGCUGUCCGUUCAGUGUUGUCUGAAACUAGAGUGAUGGAGGUGUUCAGUUGAAUACAGUGCAAUUAUGUUAAAUAUUCUGUGAUAAGUUAGACUUACCUAACACCUACGAUUUCCAAAUGUGAUGUAAUUUAUUGACGAUAAGCUAUUGUGUGUUUGAACUAAAAUGCCGAACAGGAAACUGAGACGAGCCGGUGAUGAUCUACGCAUAUUUAAAGGAAAAUGCUUCAGGGAUGUAAAUACGGAAAUUCAGGGUGAAUUGGAAGGUGAUGAGGAAAUCGGUGAAGUUUCUAAGGUGAUUGAAGAAGCACAACCUGUAGAUAACCGAAAUUACGAUGAAAUUCUGCUUGAAGCUUUUGACAAAGUGAAAGAAAAGUCUUCAAAGUUACAAAUUGAAGCUUUAUCAGCAAUAUGCCAUCAACUGCAACGACAUCUGAUUCCUGACUUUCUCAAAGAACACAUUGCAACGAUUACAGAAAUAAUCGAAUGCAGUUUUCAGCGUAACAUUGGAACGGAAGUGAGGUGGACAGCCCAACUAGUCGUCCUUUGUUAUAUUCAAUUGCCGGAAGAAACGAGAUUCAUUGAAAGAUUUAGACCGAUGGUUAUAUCUGCGUUCGACAAACAAACCUAUUCAGUGACUGUUAGGUCGUCCUUAUGCAAAACUGCUGUUGUGCUGGUAUUUUUACACAAAAAUCACUCGAAUGAUUUGCUGGAUUUGAUGUCGAAAUUUGAAGGAAUCAUCACUGACAAAACUCUUGUUCGCGUGAAAGACAAUAUUGUAACACGAACAUCACAGAUCGACGAUUUGGAAAUUGUGGUGGCUACUCUCGAAGCUUGGACAUUUCUAUACACAUUCAUGGAUUCCGAUACCGCGUCUGCAAUAGACAGAUUUGUUCGAGAUUUAGUGGCUCUGCUGAAAUGCUUCCAAUUCGAUCUCAGCAUUGCCUGUGCUAGAACCAUUGCAGUGAUAUAUUCUUGUGGCGAUAACGAUGCUAAAAAAUUUGUGGAUAAGAAUUUAUUAAAAAUUAUUGACGACAUUUCAAUGAUUCGGAGAACAGUUUGGCCUUACACGCAUAACGAUAAAACGAAAGACCUGGUUCUGUUUUAUCUAAAGAAUGGUACCAUACCCCUUAGAGAAAUCAAAAUUGGCAAUGAACUUCUGGCAAUGGAUACAUGGUCGUCCACUAUUCAAUACGACUCGCUAUGCACGAUGGUAGGUGCUGCUAAUAUGCCGAAAAUGUUACAGGAAAAUGCAUUUCUGCUUAGCUCGUUGAAACAAUCAAUUUUAUGCGAGAAUGAAUCCAGUUUGGAUAAUGCAUCACUUAGUGAAUUGUCUGAUAGAACCAUGCAGCUUCACAUAGACGAAUGUAUGAAUUCGGAAAUUGAGCGAAUUAAAGGAGCUGUCGAAAAAGCAGACGGAAAUUUGCUGUUGAAUUUCGAAGAUGAACUACUAUCGCUUCGGAGGAAAUUUGAAUUCGACUGUGCUUCAAGCAAUGUAUUUUUCACGAGCCGGGACAGCAUAUUUCGCCUAUUUGUGUUGAUAAUGAAACGGGACAAGGAACCGGAAAAAUUGAUCGCAAUCGAACUGGCAACACAUGUGAUUGUCUGUUUGGGCGAAGGAAGUCAAUUUUCCCAACAGAUUCACUACGAACUAUUGACGGAACUGCGGCAUCCGGAGAUUUCUGCAUCGAUUGUAACGAAAAUUUGCACGGCAUUUACGUUCAUUGCUUUUUUGAAAAAUGAAAAUCUCUAUGGCAUUCGGUUUACAAUGGAUCAAAUGAAAAACAUUUUCAUCGGGAGUUUCUCGAAAAAACGAAAGGUGACGUCUGUGAAUGAAGCGACAGCGGUAGCAAUGCAAUGCAACGCACUGGAAGGAUGGAGCAUUAUAUUGACGAUUUUGCCUCAAGGAGACAUUCGUUCCGCACUGGAUAAUCAUGGCAGAGAGGCAGUCAAUCGACAUUUGGAUGAACUUCUUCAAUCUGAAUACGUCGAACUACGCACUACUGCAGCUGAAACUAUUUGUUUGAUAAUCGAGCACCUGCGUGCCUUGCCUCUAGAUUUGCAUAUCAACUCACAGCUUCCGAAAAUCAUUGCAGUCACUAAUAAACAUUUAAAAGAGACUAACUCCAAGCACAUGAAGGCACAACAUUCACGGUUGCAAAAAGUGUUGAUGUAUCUGGAGAAAGGUGUUCAGCCCAAAUAUACUUUUAAGGUGGGAAAAGAGCAACAUGAACUGCACACUUGGUCGGCUUGCUUAAAAUAUAAGAAACUUUGUGAGAUCAUGGGGUAUGAUGGAUUGAAAAUUCAUUUGGCUGCAAAUGAACGAUUGCAAAGCAUAAUACCGAUCGACUUAGCGACAAUAUCAAAUGUUCAGUCGAGAUUGAAAAGGAAAGUUUGAGUUUAAUAAAUUUCAUGUUAUGCAAA